CUCUCACAUCCAUUAGCAAAGGAUAGUUACUUGGGCAUUCUCAAGAUCUCCUGCCAUGAAACGUCUUUUGCUGCUCCUGCUCUGCAUUUCCAUAGUUAAAUCCAGUUCCAACUAUGAUGGCGAGGGAACUAAUACACAUAAGUCUGACAUAGGUGCUCGGGGUCAUCGGCCAGUAGAUAAGAGAAGGGAAGGAGCUCCAACUUUGAGACCAGCUCCACCUCCCAUCAGCAGGGGAGGAUACCGAGCACGUCCUGCCCAACCUCAGUCUAGUCAACAGAUUAAAUUGGAAAGAAAAGCCCCUGAUGCUGGAGGCUGCCUCCAUGCUGAUGCCGAUAUGGGAGUGUUGUGUCCAACAGGAUGUAGGCUGCAAGAAACAUUAGUGAAACAGGAAAGAACUGUGAGAGCCAAGGUUAAAGACUUAGGGUCUGAAAUGGACUCAUUUUCUGGGAGUACUUCUUCCCACUUCCGGUAUGUGGGGAUCCUGAAGGACUUGUGGGAUAAAAGACAGAAGCAAAUAAUAGACAAUGAAAAUGCAGUAAAUGGGUUUUCCACUGAACUGGAAAAGCAUCAAAUUUAUAUCCAGGAGACUGUGAACUCUCAUAUCCCAGAUAACAUCAAAGUGCUUCGUUCAAUUCUAGAGAACCUAAGAAGCAAAAUACAGAAAUUAGAAAGUGAUGUUUCAGCCCAAAUGGACUACUGCCGCAAACCAUGCACUGUCAGUUGUAAUAUCCCAGUUGUUUCAGGCAAAGAGUGUGAAGAAAUUAUCAGGAAAGGAGGUGAUACAUCUGAAAUGUAUCUUAUUCAGCCCGACAGUGAUAGCAAACCAUAUAGAGUUUAUUGUGAUAUGAAGACAGAAAAUGGAGGCUGGACAGUAAUCCAGAACCGUCAAGAUGGUAGUGUUGACUUUGGCAGAAAAUGGGAUGCAUACAGAAAUGGAUUUGGAAAUAUUGCAACCAAUGAAGUGGAAAAGAAAUACUGUGGUUUACCAGGUGAAUAUUGGCUUGGAAAUGAUAAAAUUAGCCAGCUUACCAAAAUGGGAACCACUGAACUUUUGAUUGAAAUGGAAGAUUGGAAAGGUGAUAAGGUGAAGGCUCAUUAUGGAGGAUUCACAGUACAGAAUGAAGGCAACAAGUACCAGAUCUCUGUUAGUAAAUACAAAGGAACUGCCGGCAAUGCCCUAAUGGAAGGAGCAUCCCAGCUGGUGGGAGAGAACAGGACCAUGACUAUUCACAACGGCAUGUUCUUCAGCACAUAUGACAGAGAUAAUGAUGGGUGGGUAACUGGAGAUCCAAGUAAACAGUGCUCUAAGGAAGAUGGUGGUGGAUGGUGGUACAACAGAUGCCACUCUGCCAACCCUAAUGGCAGAUACUAUUGGGGUGGCCACUACAGCUGGGAUAUGGCAAAACAUGGCACGGAUGAUGGAGUGGUGUGGAUGAACUGGAAGGGGUCGUGGUAUUCAUUGAAGGGGAUGUCUAUGAAGAUCAGACCAUUCUUCCCACAACAAUAGCCAACAGAUUUUGUAAAAUCUCCCCAUGCUGGACAAUUUUUUUAUACAUUGUUAUUAGAAUUUUCCCUCACAUAUUGGAAACAAAUCUCCCAAAGGUUAUAGGUAUAACAUAAAUUGGAAAAGCUAGUCAGGAUAAAAGCCAUUAAAUAUUGAAUAACUCUACUUUAUACUUUUGAUUUGUAUUUUUUGUCAAGAAGCUACUAAAAGGAAAAUUAGAGAAACAGUCAUUCAUAAAUUUCAAAUCUACUUGGUCAUGAAAAACAUUAAAAUAGGUGGAGAUGUUAUAUAGUGAAAAAUCUAUGAGGCAAACUAAAAGCUGAUGUGUAAAAUUCUGCUUUAUAAACUAUUUAUUCAUGCAAAGUUCUGUGAGAAAGUUUUCCAAAGAUGUGUUCAUUAAACACUUUACACUGUA